AUGACGGCAACUUCAAGCCCCCAGCCGGAUACAAAUCGCACCACAGAUGUCGAGGAGAUUUGGCAAACUGCGAUAUGUGAUUAUGAGGCGGCCACAGGGACGAGUCUCGAUUCCUUGGUGAGAGCUCGAACUCUAGAAGACGUUCUACGUGAAAUAAAAGACAAGGAAAGCAAAUUUGAGUUCAAGCGACAUCACGGUUCUAAAAUCGACAAGUUUAGGACGCUGGUGAAAAAAAGCCUGCAACCUAUUGAGAAGCUCAGCGAGAUAGCUGUCCAUGCGGGUACAGGUACAGCCAAUUCUGUCUCGGCAGAUUACGAUAAGAUUGCGGAAUUUUUCGAAGAGUUGGAUAGAUACCUAAAACGCUUGAAGAUCCUAGAGACCUAUAUACCUCCGAUUCCUGAGCUAAGGCAUACCAUUGCCGGAAUUCUCACAUCUGUGCUAGUACUUUGCGGGAUUUCUGCGAAAUACAUUCGGAAAAACAGGAUCAUGAAAGCUUUUCGGAAUCUUGUCUCGGGAGAGGAUGAUGAACUUACCAAUGCAUAUUCUCACUUCCACAAGAUGGUGGACCAGGAAGGGCGAAUGCUAGCCAAUGUUACGCUUAUGAGCGUUCAGCAGUUGAAGGAAGAACUCGGACAACAGCAUAAAACAGAAAUGGAACAUCUGGAAGAUCGUGAAGCCAUUACAAGUCGAGAAGCUAUUCUGACUAGUCUUUCGUCUCUGGACUUUGAUAAGAAGCAAAAACAUGUUUUCUCUCAACGCCGCGAAGGCACAGGUCAGUGGUUGCUCCAGUGCCAGGAAUUUGACUGUUGGUUCAAGGGUGUGACGUGUCAAACUCUUUGGUGCUAUGGAAUCCCGGGUGGCGGAAAGACUGUCUUGACUUCAAUGACUGUCAACUAUGUGAGCGAGGCUACAGAGGGGCUAAAUGUCGCCAUUGCGUACAUAUAUUGCGACUAUAAAGACGAAAGGACACAUUCCGAAUUCGAACUUCUAUCCAGUAUAGCUCGACAACUUGCCAAUCAUUACGUCCGCAUUCCAGAAGCCGUGAUAAAAUUCAGGGAUAAGAAUGCGGACAAAAAACGGAAUCCAACUUCGAAGGAAUGGAUAUCUCUGAUUGAGGAGCUCAGUCGUCCGUUUCAAAAAACGUACAUCUUUAUAGAUGCUCUGGAUGAGUGCCCUGAAAAAAAUAGAGAUGAAUUCCUCUGUGUCCUAAAAAUCUUGGAAGAGUCGGCUCUCUUGUUCCUAACGUCACGACCCAUAGACUUUCCUGUCGAAUUUUCCAAAAUCCAGCGUGUCGAGGUAACUGCUUCGACCAGUGACAUCGAAAAAUAUCUCGAAACCGAGAUAAAAUCGAGAUCCAGACUAUUUAGAUUCACUGCAAGUGACCCCAAUCUGAAAAAAGAUAUUAUCAAAUGUCUCAUUGGGAAUGCGGCCGGAAUGUUUUUGCUUGCGUAUCUUCAAAUAGAUGCCCUAUCCAAAUUCAACAAUGUUAGGCAGUUACGAAAAGCCAUGAGCACCUUGCCAUCUGACUUGGCGGGAUACUAUGGCGAAGCCAUCAAACGAAUCGAAAGUCAAGGUGAACCAGAUGCUUACAAUGUCAAAAGAGCAAUUUCUUUUAUUUUUUGCGCAAGACGACCUCUAACUGUGGAUGAACUUUGUCACGCCCUUGCUGUCGAAGAGGGAGAUAGCGAGUUGUAUGACGAUGCACUUCCUGCACAAGAGAUUUUGGUAGGUGCUUCCGCAGGCCUCAUCAGAGUUGACAGAAAAAGCAAGAUAAUUGGGCUGGCGCACCAUACUCUACAGGAAUAUCUAGAAAAGUACCCAACUGCUCUGCGUCCGGUUACGGAAACCGAUGUCGCGAAAGUGUGUCUAACGUAUCUAUCAUUUGACGUGUUCGGGACCGGCCCAAGUAGUGACGGUGAAGCAUUGGUGCAAAGGCUGCAAACGUACCAAUUACUGGACUACGUUUCACACUAUUGGGGCUACCAUGUGAGAAAUGAAACGCCCGAGCUUGUCCGUUUGGUCCUCCAGUACGUAGAGGAUGACCACAAACUAUCCUCCUCCAUUCAAGUAUUACAUGUGACAACUCAUCGAGCAAAAGAUUGGUUUAACCGUUUUCCCAAACGGUUUGGGCCUUCACACAUCGCAGCAUACUGGGGCCUAGAGAAAAUCCUCAGCAUUGUCCUGCAGACGAGCGUGGAUAUCAAUAUUCCUGACAGCUGUGGGAAUACAGCACUGCACAUAGCAGCUGGGCGGGGCAAAUAUGACUGUGCGCACACUGCAUUGGAAAGAGGUGCAGAUAUCAACGCGCAGAACCAAUUUGGCGAGACAGCUCUACACUGCGCAUCAAAGAACAACUUCAGGGCGGUCAUAGAGCUGCUCCUCAAUGGAGGGGCACGCCUUCUCGUGGAUAACGAAGGCUGGACCCCAUUGAACUGGUUUGUCAUCAAUGGCGAUAUAGAACUAGUUGCAAAGUUUCUUGGUAAAUAUUUGCACCUCGAUGCCGAUAACAGUGCCCGAGAUGGCGCAUUAUUCCUGGCUGCUGAAGAAGGCCAAACAGCCAUUUUGCAAAAGCUUAUAGAAAGUGGUGUCAGCAUUGAUAUAAAGGAUGAAUGGGGAAGCACUGCUUUGGAUUUUGCAGUCUCGGUUGGUCAUGAACCGACUGUACGCAUGCUGUUACACCACGGUGCCAAUGUUCAUCUUCGGGAUGCAUAUGAAAACACGGCUUUGCACUGGGGCGUCACAAGUGAGAAAAUUACGCAAUUGCUCCUGGAAAAUGGAGCUGAUGUACAAGCAAAGAACGACAGUUAUCAGACCGCUCUGUGCUGGGCUGCACAAGGUGGUACAACGGAAGUCGCUCGGGUCCUGCUCAAGAAUAAGGCGCCAGUCAAUUGGCAAGACAAGAAGGGCAGUACGGCACUGCAUAAAGCAGCCAUCAGAGGGCGCAAGGACAUGGUGGAAUUAUUACUGCAGAACAGCGCCGAUGCCAAUUUGAGCGACAUCGAUGGGUGGACACCUCUGCAUGGAGCAUGCGUGAAAGACCAUACGGGUACUAUAGAAGUAUUAUUGGACAAAGUGGACAAUGGAACGACCAUACUGGAGUCAAUUAACAAGCAAAGCAAGAAAGGGAAGGCUUGCCUCGUCAAAAUGGCGGAGGAGAAAGCGAAGGGGAGUACGGUUUUGACUGGCCUCCGCUUUGCUGCUCAAGAGGGCCAAGUUGCUAGACUUCGAAUGAUUCUUGAGAAGGGUGCGGAUGUUAACGGGAAGGAUGCGGCAGCCUACACUGCACUGGAAUUGGCAUCGUUUCAAGGACAUGAGAACGCUGUGCAGCUACUCCUAGAACAUGGAGCAGACGUCAACCUCCGCGGAUCCGAUGAAUGCCCCCCUCUAUAUUACGCUAUCCAGCAACAAAAUGAGGAUGUUGUCUUUACGCUCAUUGAGCAUGGUGCAGAUGUGAACGCCAGCGUAUAUGGAAUGACCUUGUCAAUGUUGGCUGCAGAGACAGGAAAUCUUUUGAUUAUGCAGUCCUUGAUCACAUCCGGUGCUGAUAUAAACUCCAAGGACUAUUCGGAACGAACAGCUCUACAUUUCGCCGCACUUUACGGACGGGAAGAUAUCGCGAAAUUACUCUUGGAGAACGGAGCUGAUCUGGAUGCAAUCGACCAACGUGGAUAUACAGCAUUGAUGUUAGCGGUUGAAAAUCUCCAACAUGCAAUGCUGGAACUGCUCCUAGAUCAAGGGGCGUCCCUAGAGGAGAAGUCCCAUGACGGCUACACAGCAUCUCAAUUGGCCAAAAUCAUGGGUGAUCAAUUGACUAUUGAAGUACUGUCUCGAUUUGACAAGAUGCAUUAUCCGGACGUCUGA